GAUUUCAGGAUAACUAUAUUCGCAUAACGUAUGUGUAUAUAUAUAUAUAUACACACUGUCUCUACCACGCAUUCCUAUUUCCUAGUUAGGAAAGGUUUAAAAUCUCACAUGCACAUUUUUCUCACACUAAAUUGUCACUAAAAUCAUUCCAUUGAAAAAAAUUAAAAAAUAAAAAUCUAAAAAAAUCAUGAAUGCCGAUCAACACUCCUCGCAGCCGCAGGGAAAGAUCAAGCGAGCUCGCGCCGCCAACACCAAGCACCCGGUCUACCGCGGCGUCCGGAUGCGGAGCUGGGGGAAAUGGGUGUCUGAAAUCCGGGAGCCGCGGAAGAAGUCGCGGAUUUGGCUGGGGACCUUCCCCACCCCCGAGAUGGCGGCGCGUGCUCACGACGUCGCCGCGCUCAGCAUCAAGGGCGCCUCCGCCGCCCUCAAUUUCCCCGAAAUCGCCGCGGCGCUCCCCCGCCCCGCCUCCCUCAGCCCGCGCGACGUCCAGGCGGCGGCCGCGAAGGCGGCGGCGAUGGACAAAUUCGAUGUUUCUCCGUCGCCGCCGUCACUGGCGUCGCUGGUGUCGUGCCUCGACAUAUCGGCGGAGGAGGAGGAGUUAAGUGAGAUCGUGGAGCUGCCGAGUUUGGGGCCGCCGUGUUUCGAGGGGAAUGAGUUUGUGUGUGUGGAGAACGCGGUGGUAGAGGGGUGGUUCGACGCGCCGCCGCUGUGGGGCGGCGAUGCGGAUGCUGUGAUUUCGAGCUGCUUCGAAACUUUGCUGUGGAAUUAUUGAUUUUAAUUGUGCAUUUUACAUGAGUUUUUCUUUUGUGGAGUACUCUCUUUUUCUGUAAUUAGAGAAAUUGUAGCCCUUUUUAUUUUUUAAUCAAGGGCUUCUAUUUCUCUUUCUGUCUCAAAUCAAUCCUAUUGUACAUUCUCUCUUA